ACAGUAGCUCGUUUCACAACUUCCUUGUUCAAAAAGAAGUCGAGCGCAGCGAUAAUGUUGGAGGUUUCCUCAUUCUUGACUGUACCGUCACAGGCUGCAAAGGGGAAAAACAGUCGGCUGCCCUUGUGAAGCGCACUCCAGGCACUGUUCCUUUCUUACAUGUUAAUGUUUAACCGGCGUUUGGAGAGGACACCGAGUCGGCGGCGGCUGCGUACUCUAGCACAGAGGAAAGGCAGUGGCAGGUGCUCGCACUUUGCAGUCCUCCCAUGACUGCUGCACAUGUACUGGAGUAAACCACUUUAUUGUGGCAUUUCAAUGGCAGGAGAGGUUGUAAAAAGGAGGUCAAAAUGAACUCAGAACCAAUUUUAGAGGAGAUUUUAAUAAAACGUUCACAACAGAAGAAAAGAACAUCACCACUUAACUACAAAGAAAGAGUUUUUGUUCUGACAAAGUCAAAGUUAACAUACUAUGAAGGACGACCUGAGAAGAGAUUCAAAAAGGGAUCAGUUGAUAUUCACAAGAUUAAAUGUGUUGAGAUUGUGAAGAAUGAUGGUAGUAUUAUCCCAUGCCAGAACAAGUAUCCAUUUCAGGUUGUAUAUGAUGCCAACACUUUGUACAUCUUUUCGCCAAGCAGUGAGAGCAGAAAUAUGUGGGUCAAAAGUCUUAAAGAAGAAAUAAAAAACAAUACAGUAAUAGCUGCCAAAUUCCACCCACAGUUUUGGAAUGAGGGUGUCUGGUUAUGCUGCAGGCAAGCAGAAAAACUUGCUCCUGGCUGUGAAGAGUAUAAUCUGUUUGGUGACAUUUCAAGAAAACCUCUACCUCCCACACCUAUUUCCGAGAAUUCUGGAAAGUGCCGCAUGCUGCCGCCUCCUCCUCCUCCUCCAGAAAAACAUGAUGAAAAAGGAAAGGAAGAGAUUGUAAUAGCCAUGUAUGACUUCAUUGGUGUGGAAAGCCAUGACUUAAAUCUUAUCCAAGGGGAAGAGUAUAUUAUUGUUGAAAAAUGUGACAUAAAUUGGUAUAGAGCACAAGACAAAGAUGGAAAUGAAGGAUAUAUUCCAAGUAAUUACGUCACUGAAAAGAAGUCAAAUAAUCUUGAUCAAUAUCCCUGGUUUUGUAAGAAUGUAAACAGAAAUAAAGCAGAACAGCAACUCAAAAAUGAGGACAAGGAAGGUGGAUUUAUGGUGAGAGAAUCAAGCCAGCCAGGCACAUACACUGUAUCUCUUUUUACUAAAUCAUCUGGGGAAGGUACUUCUCAAGUAAGACAUUACCAUAUAAAAGAAACACAGACAUCACCUACACAGUUCUACUUGGCUGAAAAACAUCUUUUCUCUGAUAUUCCUAUACUCAUUGAAUAUCAUAAACAUAAUGCAGCAGGUCUUGUGGCAAGAUUAAGAUAUCCUGUUGGUAAAAAAGGAACAUCUGCACCGACAACUGCUGGUUUUAGCUAUGACAAAUGGGAGAUAAAUCCCUCAGAGCUGACAUUUAUGAAGGAGCUGGGAAGUGGACAAUAUGGUGUUGUGCGUUUAGGAAAAUGGAGAGCACAGCAUAAAGUGGCAAUAAAAGCAAUCCGUGAAGGGGCAAUGUAUGAAGAGGACUUUAUUGAAGAAGCAAAAGUUAUGAAACAGUUAUCUCAUCCUAAAUUAGUUCAGCUAUAUGGUGUGUGCACACAACAGAAACCUAUAUACAUUGUGACAGAAUUCAUGGAACAUGGCUGUCUUUUGAACUACAUCAGACAAAGACGGGGGCAUUUCACCUUAGGAAUGUUGAUCAGUAUGUGUCAAGAUAUUAGUGAAGGAAUGGAGUAUCUGGAAAAGAAUGGAUUUAUUCACAGAGACUUGGCUGCCAGGAACUGCUUAGUAAAUGAGUCACUUGUUGUCAAAGUAUCUGAUUUUGGAAUGACAAGAUAUGUUCUUGAUGAUCUAUACACUAGCUCCUCUGGUGCCAAGUUUCCUGUGAAGUGGUCCCCUCCAGAGGUUUUUAACUUUUGCAAAUACAGUAGCAAAUCAGAUGUUUGGGCCUUUGGUGUUUUAAUGUGGGAAGUGUUUACUGAAGGGAAAAUGCCAUUUGAAAACAACCCAAAUCAUGAAGUAGUACAGCUUAUAAGUCAAGGUCAUCGAUUAUAUCGACCAAAACAAGCCCCUGCAAAUAUAUAUGAGAUUAUGAUGAUGUGCUGGCAGGAAAAACCUGAAGAACGGCCAGCAUUUUAUGAGAUAUGCCAUAUGAUAAGUGAAGUUGCUGAAGGUGAUUCCUAAUGAGAAGAUGAUCAAUACAUGCCUAAGACUAAAGGCCAUGUCACAUUACACAACAUUUCCAGAGAUUUUCAGCCACAGACUUCAUUUACAUAAUCCUAGAUAGUCUGAGGCAGUCACAGUGCAUGUCUGUGACCACCCAUGACCCCAGCUAUGUAGUUUGACAUACCCAGCACCUCAGCGAUUCACCCAGAUAAAAUCAAACAAGUUUGAUUUUGUUUUAAGACAUAGCAAUGCACUUUAUAUAUGUGAGAGUUAAGAACCAAUAUGCUCAGCAGAAGGUACAGUGCAUAUAAUGCAGCUGUGAGGAAUAUGGAAUGCAAGUAUUUUGGGCUUCUCAAACAGAAGAGAGACUCAUUUUUCUGAUGUCUCAUGUAUUAUUUACCAUGACAGAACAGAAAAAAAAAAAAAAAACUCCCAACAUUGUUGAAUUCUCUAUAACUGCAAAACAUUUGUACAGCACCAGUGCUGUUAGGCAGGAUAUCCUUGAUUGACAGAAAAAAGGGUCAAGCUUGCAAUAGUUUGGAAAAAUGAAACUGUGUUGGAAAGUCAUCUUGCAGUAGUGUAAUUUGUCCUGCAAGUCCUGGCUGUGUAAUCUGACAUCCUCAGCUGUUACGAUCAGCGACUGCAUUCUUCAAGUUUAACUUCCCAUCUUACUAGAAGUCAAGCGAUAUGCCACCAGCUUAAAGUCAUUAUUGAGUGUGAAAAGAGAAACAUUUCAGCUGAAUCAGUGAAUCUGUAAAACAAUAUAAAAGAAUUUUAUAACUUGGCAAACCAAUAGGUACUGAGUUUACAUUAUACACUGCCUGGCCAAAAAAAAAGUCGCCACCUGGAUUUAACUAAGCAAAUAGGUACGAGCCUCCUAUUGGAUAAUUACUGCAUGGGCGAUUAUCUUUCAGCUGGCAACAAGUUAUUUAACCCCAACUGGUGCAAUGCGUUGCUUCUCAUUUCUUAAACAACCAUGUCGAAAGACACAUCUCGUGGUCGUGGAAAAGAUGUUAGUUUGUUUGAGAAGGGUCAAAUCAUUGGCAUGCGUCAAGCAGAGAAAACAUCUAAGGAGAUUGCAGAAACUACUAAAAUUGGGUUAAAAACUGUCCAACGCAUUAUUAAAAACUGGAAGAAUAGUGAGGACCCAUCGUCUUCGAGGAAGAAAUGUGGUCGGAAAAAUAUCCUGAAUGAUAGUGAUCGGUGAUCACUUAAACAUUUGGUGAAAUCAAAUCGAAGAAAACAACAGUAGAACUCAGGUCUGUGUUUAAUAGUGAAAGUAAGAGCAUUUCCACACGCACAAUGCGAAGGGAACUCAAGGGAUUGGGACUGAACAGCUGUGUAGCCAUAAGAAAACCACUAAUCAGUGAGGCAAACUGGAAAAAAAGGCUUCAAUUUGCUAGGGAGCAUAAAGAUUGGACUCUGGAGCAAUGGAAGAAUGUCAUGGAUUGGCCACCACAGAGUCCAGACCUUAACCCCAUUGAGAAUCUUUGGGAUGUGCUGGAGAAGGCUUUGCGCAGAGGUCAGACUCUACCAUCAUCAAUGCAAGAUCUUGGUGAAAAAUUAAUGCAACACUGGAUGGAACUAAAUCUUGUGACAUUGCAGAAGCUUAUCGAAACAAUGCCACAGCGAAUGCGUGCCAUAAUCAAAGCUAAAGGCAGUCCAACGAAAUAUUAGAGUGUGUGACCUUUUUUUUUGGUGGCGACUUUUUUUUUUGGUCAGGCAGUGUAUCUCCAUACACACUAAAUUAUAAACAGCAAGAAGAAUUAUUGAGAAUUAUGGUGUAAAAUGACAAGUUGUCUUAGUAGUCAAACUAAAGGAUAUUGAAAAUUCAGAGAAAUCUUAAGAGAAAAUAGCCAACAUACUAUUUUUCUUAAUAACAGAACCUUUUUAAAGAGUGACUCUAAUACAGUUUCAUUUUAACAAUAAUGAGCAUUUUUAUGCUUGUUUGACUCACCAAAUUAAUUUGUUUCUCUUUUCAAAAAUCCAUUAAGACUUACAGGGAAAAUGGAUUAGAAAGGCAGUAACUUUAAUGACUACCCAUCUGACAGACACAGUUGUAGUUUCGUUGGUGUGCGGCUGAAAAACCUACCCUGACAUUUCCAAAGCACUUGAGUCUCUCAUUCUUCAAAAUGUACAAACUUAAAACUACGAGUAUUCCUCUAUUACAGUAAAUAUGUUUAAACUUGUUAUACAGUCAUUUUCUGACAACCUUCAAGAAAACAGAGACAGUUGGGCAAUGAAAAGUAAAAUACUUACAGAUACAUUUGAAAGCUGAGUAACAGUGCAUAUUAAAAAAAUCAGUGUCUUCCCAACCCAAAGUUAAUAAUUAGAUAUUAGAAUAAUAUGAAGCACAUGUGCAAAGAAAUAAACAUGGCGUUCACCGCCUAAUGAGUACAUUUCAGAGCAAGAGACUAUAUGCAUUCAUCCCUUCCUUCUAAUUGAAAGGUAUAAUUAUAUAAUUGAUUUCUUGAUUUUUGCAUCUAAACAGCAUUCUGUCUUGGGGAACUUGUUCACGGUACAAUUUUACUUUAGGUCAGCUUUCCCAACUCUUUACUGGAAAUGAUCACUGAUUUAGGUAAAUGGAGCAACCACUCUGGGCUGUUAUUUACAGUAGGCUGCAGAUAGAAGCUACUAAGACACUUUUUUCGAUAACCAAACUAUUAAUUUAGUCGGAUCAUUGGAGAAAUAUUUAGUGCACUACUGUUUAAAGGAACAGAAGCAGCUUGUCUUAAAGAUCAGUUCUCCUGAAGCCAAGUGUUCAUUUCACUGCUCUAAAAGCAACUUCAGGGACAGGAAAUUUAGUGUUCUCCACUGACUCACCCAGUGCAUUGUGGUCUCCCAUCUAAGCAUGAGACAGUCUCACCUCCCUAGUUAGAGGGUACAACAACUAUACUCUCAUAAAACAGUAAAAUUGGAAGAACAGUUCCUUGCUGAGUUUUCAGAAUGUGUAUAAUUUACAGUUAUCUUGAAAUAGCACCUACUUAAGUUUACUUUACACUGUAGAUAAUAUCAAGUGUUUUUAUUUAAUACUAGAGGACUUCGUCCCCUGCUUGCUUCACUCGCCAACCCCCGUGUUUGGUUUUCCGGAUACACACUUUUAAGAUUUUUUUUUUCUUUGGAUUGUUGCUAUUUCAUUAGUUUCACUUUUAUUUCAGAACUUCGUUAAAAACAAUAUUUGGAAUCUUUUGAGUCCCAACAUGCUGAAUCUUUUAAAUGAGGUCCAUGAGACAUGUGUUUAAUGACUUUGUACCACAAUUCAGGAUAGGUUUCUCUGUUUGGAAUUUCAGCAAAGACAAAACGAUCUACAUCUUCAGCAGUUAAUAAUUAUUUUUGCAAAGUAACCAAUAAAUCCAUGUGAGGUAAAACCUGUUUUUGAAAUAAUCUGACUUAAACAUCAAAGCCUUACAAUAUUUACAUACUUCUGACAUAUCACCUAUGUCCAUAUAUUCAUCUCUAUUCCCUUUUUCGAGUAAUAAUUUUCGUUUGUUUGGCUACUGCGAUCUAUACUUUCUUUUUUUGAUACUUUCUAAUUAUCCUUCUUUCAUAUUCUUUAACUUUCUCUGCAUUUGUAUUGCGCCGUUUUUUUGAGCCUUUCGAAUUCCACUGCUUUCAUAAUCUCUAACCUGCUCUGCAUGUGUAUAGCGCCAACGUUUUUGAAUGUCUUUAUGAAGUUCUACUUUGUCUUUUACUCUUUGUCUUUUAAUUCUGAGCCCGAUUAGACGUGCUUUUUUUCAAUUCCACUUGUUCCGGGCUGAUUAUUACUUUCCUUAUUUUCUGAAUUUGCACCUAGAUUAUUCUUUUUCUUUUCUGCAUUUUUUUCUCUCCAACGCUUUUGAGUCUCUUUUCUCUGCGCUGCUCUUUCUUCUUCGCUUAGUCAUCGACGUUUCAUCUAUAUUGUCCUUAUACGCUUUAUAUGCGUUGAGAGCCCUGGAUCUGUAUGUGCUCAAAUCCUGUACACGACUGAGUGUUUGCUGCCCGUGGUCUUAUUUGAUAUUGAUUGUAAGUAGGGCGUGUCUUGAAAGAAUCUCAUGUUCUACGUCCCCGCAAGACGGUCCUGAGUCAAUCUCUUGGCACAAAGUCUCAUGUUUAAGGUCCCUGCGAGACGCUCCGUGGCCAAUCUCUUUUGUCUCAUGGGUCUUUUAACUGUCUUCCGUGAUCUUUCUCUCCCAGGAUUUUUUUUUAAUAAUAGAGAGAUAUUGUGGAAUACAUUACAAUAGAAAUAAAAAAGACUGACAACCACAGUAUUUACAAACAAUGUCAUUUGUUCCUUAAUGAAAACAGUUCAAGUAGUGUUUUUUCUAUGGGCAGAAGGCUUUAAGUUUCUACUUUCAGUUUUUUGGUUUGGUAUUUGAUAUAUGACUGCAGACCAUAAUGACUGGAUUUGGAGCAGUAAGAAGUUUUUUUGGAUUGUUUUUCUUACUGAGUGGACUUUGGUUGUUCUCCAGUUUGGGUGUUUUUCCUGGUUUGUCCAGUGUGCCGCUAAUGCCCCAAAUACAUGCAUUUUGCAAUGUGGUAUUUCCAUUUUUUGUUUGAAUUUCAAUUCUCAGGUUAUGCACAUUUGUUAAACAUUCUAGCUAAACACAGUAUCGUGCUAAAUAAUGCUGUACUUUGUGAUAUGUUACAGAAGUACCUCGUUAGCUCUGUUGCUCUGCUGUUUAUACAAAAAACACCACCCGCGUCAGAGGCUGACAUAUGUCCUGUCCUCAGGAAACAUACUGUCUGCUAUCAGUGGAAAGCAUUUUAAACUCUUUUCUUACUUUGUGUGACUUGUUUUCAUGAGGUUUUGAUGUUAAGAAAGGUUUUUCAGGGACCUGAAUUCAUAUCUGACAUUAGUUUUGAAUUACAGUUUUUAGUUUUGUAAAAAUAUUUUGUGUCUUUCACCGAUGCUAUUGUGUUUUCUAUAGGUGCUGCAAUUUUGUGAUGUGGUUGACACAACAUUGCCAUGGAAUUAGGAGUAGAAGUGUGUGGUAUGUGAUGUCAGUGUCACAGCCGUAUGAUGAUUGACACCAUGCAAGUCCUGGUCAUCCAAGAGGAUGAUUAAUUCAUAAAUUUUGCACUUUUGUUUCUAUUGAAAUUCCUGGGUAAAGACUCUUUUGCUUCAUUUUCAGAUUCUGGCUUUGUUGUUUUUCCUAAAUUAUUGGAUCAUUUGGUUUUCUGGUUAAGAACUUUGGCUGUUUAUUUUGACUGCAUUUUUAUCUCCUUUGUGAAGAAUGCUGUCAAGAAUCUGUGAUAGAAAUGUAAUUUCAGCUUCUUUUUGUUGUCCUAAAUUCACCUCAGAAACACAAGAAGCAUGUUUUCUGAGGUCACAAACUUCUCCUUUUCAAACUGGAUGAAUUCAGAAAGUUUUAAUGCUUUUUUCCAGAUGAGCCCCCCUUAGAUUGACCUUUUAAGUCUCACAGGAAGAACUGUAUUGUUUUGUAUUUCAUGAAUAAUAAUUCAUUUAACAAUACAAGCAGCUAUGAUUGUUGCAAAUAACUUCAACCUCAAAAAAUGCCACUGUAAACAUUUAAAACCAAGAAAAACAAGCCACAACUUCAUGGCAAUCCCAUCAUAAACACAGACGUACAUCUCCAUACAUUUUAUUGUGCAAGCUAUGAUUCUGUACAAACAGUAGUGUUUGCUGUAUGUAAAAAAUAGUAAUGCGGACAACUGAAAGCAAACUGAGGGCUGCCUGUUUAUAAUAAUGUAGGUUAUACCACACCAGCUAGCAGGCUGUCAAAGUAAAUUGUGAGCACCAAAAUAAAUUGCCAUUUCUGUUCUAUGGCCAUCAGUUUCAGAAAUGCUGUUAAGUGUCUUUAUGUGUCAAUAAUUGUGAAAAAAUGUAAGUUUUUCUUUUAUACAUUUUUCUCCACUCAGGGAACACAGUUAACUCAGGAUCAUUUCCGUGGUGUAAUGCUGGGACACCAGUAAUGUGUAUACAGUAUGAUAGUAAAAUGUCCCAUGAGCCUAACAUGUGCUUAGCUGAUCUUUGAGCAGAAACAAACCAAUAUGACUCAGCAACAAGUUCAGAUAAAGACAGGAAGUGACCACUGAACAGGCAUCUUGUGAACAACUCCUACAUUCUACUAAGUAAGAAGUACUGUUGUUAUUAUCAGCUGUAUCAUAUUUUCGUCAUGUUUCAAACUGUAUUAUGUUAAUUAAGCAGAUUUUUGAAUAUUUAUUUAAAUGGUUCAUUGAACCUUAAACAUAUAUCUAUGUCAACCCGUUCACUGUGUCACAUUGUAUUUUAACAACAGUAAAACUACUUAUUUAAACACUAGACAUUUGCACAUAAUACUGUAGAAUUUACUGCAUAUGUGGUGUGAUCAAAAGGUUUGGUGAAUGUUGCAGCAAAAUAUAUUGAAAAGUAUGCCAUUACAAUUUUGCUGUCCUUUAAAGUACAUUUUUUGCUCAUUGUAUUGCAGCAUGAUUUAUUUUUUUAAUAAAGAAGCAAAUCCUUGACUCUUCUA